AUAAGUAUCGAAAAUCUGAUGAGGGGAGAAGCUAGACAUAAAAGACUACAAACGGAAGUUUGCAAAAAUAUGAGACUCCUUCAGCAGACUACUACUUGUGACUUUUCUCUCUUUUUAAUAUAUGCAAUGGCUGGAGAUAUAGUCUAUGCUGAUAUCAAACAUUCAUCUUCAGAACAUUCAUCUUCACGUCAGAGAUCUGAUUCUCACCACCAUGGAAUUUUCCUGAAAGUUGGAUGUGCAAUGAUUAUCAUCCUUCUUGUAAUAGUAAUUGUGCUGAGCAUUCUUGUUAUCCAGUUCAAAUCUGCAAGACAUACUAAAGUAAAUAAUGAAUCAAAAGAGAAAUACUGUACUGGGCAAAAUAAAUCUGAAACAAGCACUUCAAUAGUUUCUUUCAACUCUUCUACUGCUAGUAAAUCAUGCCCCUCUGAAGACUGGAAGCUACAUGGGGGGAAAUGUUACUGGGUUGCUGAAAGUGAGAAAUCUUGGAAUGAAAGUAAAAAUGACUGUGUCAUGAAAAAUUCACAUCUCAUGGUGAUCCGAGACAUCAUUGAUAUGACUUUCCUAUGGCAGAACCUACAUGCUUCAGCCUCCUUUUGGGUUGGUUUGAGGAUCCCUCCUGGAGAGGAAUUAUGGACCUGGGUGGAUGAUAGCACUUUUGACCCCCAGCUGUUUUCAAAGAAAGAAAAUAAGCCACGGACCAGGAGUAUGAAAUGUGUCCUGGUGUCUUAUACUGAGAUAGCUGAAGAAAGUUGUGAGAGACUUCAUCAGUGGAUUUGUCAACUGUAAUCCACUCGGCAGAAAAUUGGUCUCUAUUUGUCUGACUGAGAGACACCACAUGAAGCUUGAGCUCAGAUCAUAAGAAAGUUCAGAGGGUUGCCUGUGUCCUAGAGGGUUGUGUGUGUGUGUGUGUGUGUGUCCAUUUAUGAUUCACGUGGGUAUAGUACUAUUUCUCAGAAGUGUGGAAAGGGCAAUAGAGAAAAUAAAAUGUUUUAGAAAAUGA